GGGCACUGCAGUGACUUGCUGAUAUUUCAGACUCAGCCUUAUUCCCUGCUCAGGCUGUGUCUGGACUGCAUCGGGAAGAACGCCGCUCUCUUGGAGAAGCAAAUUCCCUGUUUGCCACCCAAACUGGUGCAGGAAGUGCUGAAAAAAAUCACAUUUUGGGCAGCCAUGAGCCACAGGCAGGAGAGGAAAGCUGAGACUGAGAGGCAGAGCCAACUGCAGAGCACCUGAGGCAGGGCUGGGAGCUGGAUUCCUGAGGGAAACUUGACAUAAAUCCUUUCCUUGGGGAUCUCUCGUUUCCUGCAUUAUGGAAAACUGAUCCAGCUCCAUUUCUAGAUAAUUGUUCACCUCUGCCCUGGUGGGUUUGGCCACACAGCCCUCUCAAGCUUUUGUUCUUUUGGAAGGGGACAUUUUGUUCUUUUGGAAGGAUCCAUUGCAGCUGGAUAAAACACGGUUUGAGUUUAAAAACCCCUCCUUGGCCUUAACCCCCAAAAAGAUAACUUCACCUCGGUGUCUUGGGGAUGUUCACACUUUUUCAGUCUUAAAAGGUAACAAAUUUACCACCCUCAAAUGUUGGUUCCACCAGGCUCUGACCCAAAUCCAACCCUGGAGCCUCACACCUCACACUGCAAAUAGGAAAAAUCCAUCUGGGAAUUGUGGAACUUGGAAGAAAAAGCUGCCACAGCACCCGGUCUCUAUCAGAAAACUUCAGUUCAUCACCUGGUUUUACUGUUUCUGUCAUCAGGAAAUCCUUUUGGAAAUAAGUUGUAUAUUGUAUUUUGGAUGUGCAAAGUUUAUAUUUCAUUCUUGUUAAAAAAAAAACAGCAACAACAAAGUUGUUUAUUUAUUGUUUAAAAAAAAAAAGGCAAAUGUAGUACUGGUUAUUUUUCUGUUUCAAAUAUUUACUUAACAGGAGCACAGUCAUUAAAAUUUUAUAGAGAGUUGAA